AUGUCCGGAUCGAAGGAAAUCAGGAUGCAAGCAUUUAUCGCUGACUCGGACCCCAAUGAAAUUGGUUGUUGAUCGAAGAAGUGGAAAAACAGGUUGCUGACUUGAUUGCGAUAUUUUUGUAUCUCAAGCACUCAGGAUCAUCUCGACGCUCUUCACAUUUACAGAGGAGAACAAAUACCGGAAUUGAUCAAGUCACUUGAAAGCAUUCCCUCACUGUCAUCCCCCAGAGUCCAAACGAGUACAAGAAACUAAUCACCAAACUUGACAACCAUUUCAUUCCCAUGGUUAACCCCGACUGUGCACUUAGUAAAUUAGAGAAAAUGUGCCAAAACGAAGGAGAAUCGAUCGCUCGAUAUCACAUUCGUUAACGGCUUCAAGUUGCAAAGUGUGUUUUCGCGGACCCUGAUGAUGUCAUCCGAAGCAAAAUUCUGCAAACCUUGCAUGACAAAAAACUUUGCCAGGAAGCAAUGGUGAAAAGGUAUACGUUAAAGCAAUUAUUGGAACAUGCUGCAAAUAAAGAAGACAUUCACUGCCAAUCCCAGCAUAUGGAGGAAACACUCCCUUCUACACCCCUGCACAAAAUCAGGCCGACAGAGUGCAUCAGAAGAGACACCAGAAUCCCAAGGACAAACUAA